GUCUCCCACAAUAUCAGUUCCUGUAAAGUUUUAGUGAUGCGUCCUGGUCUGAUAUAACUUGCCUGAUGUCCUUGAAAGCACAACUUAAGGAUCCAAAUGGGUAUUUGUCCAACUGGGUAUUUGGCAAUAGCACCCCAGGGUAUAUCUGCAAGUUCAGUGGCGUGACUUGUUGGCACGACAACGAGAAUAAGGUCAUGCUCAUCAGGCUUCCUGGCUAUGGUCUCGAGGGCGAGUUUCCUCGUGGUGUCAAAGAAUGCACGAGUUUAACAGCCCUGGAUCUUUCCAGAAACAACCUCUCUGGCGCUCUCCCAUCUGAUAUAUCUAUGUUGAUUGGACUUGCUACGACUCUGGACCUGUCCUACAAUGGCUUCUCUGGUGAAAUCCCCGUCAGCCUGUCCAAUAUAUCCUUCUUGAACACUCUUAUGCUUAACGAUAACCGCCUCAGGGGUAAGAUCCCACCCGAUCUAACCUUGCUUAGACGGCUCAAACAAUUCUCAGUGGCCUACAAUCUCCUCACAGGUCCAGUCCCGGAUUUCAACAGCACCAGAAUUACUCGGGAGAAUUAUGAUAAUAACCCGGGUUUGUGUGGUAAGCCUUUGGAUCCUUGUCGUGAUUCAUCCUUCGAGAUGAACAGAACAGGUUUUGCAGUUGGUGCAGCCAUCUUUGCACCUGUAGGUGCUAUAAUUGGCGGUUUCUGCUUUGGCAAGAUACCGAGAAGACCUCAAAGCAAAACCCGAACCCAUACGAGAAGGCGACCUGUUCCGUGAUUUUCCUCCCUUGAGUUUUGUAUUAUAGAGACCCUGUGUGUUGUCAUGUUGAAGUACAAUGUAAGGUAAUAAUGUCA